AUGGCUUACUUCGGCCCCACCUCCCUCACCUACCUCCCCGUCCUGCAGUGGCUAGCUGAUAAUUUCUAUUUGUGUGGAGGAUGCACUGUACCCUGUCGGCUGCUAUAUGAGCUGUAUAUUGAAACCUGCAAUCCAGAUUUCAAGAUUCAAGUACAUCCAUCCACCUUUGGAAAGCUUAUUCAGUUAGUUUUCCCAGGCCUGGUGACAAGAAAGCGGACCACAGCAGGGAGCAUCAGAUAUCAUUAUGAUGGAAUAGCUAUCAAGAAGGAGUCUUCCUUUUAUGCACGUUUUUGCUGUCUUCUGUAUGAACAAAAUUAUCUGAGUAGAAGUCCCUGGAGUUCUGAAAAUGCAGCUGAUUACAAGAAGAAUAGACAAAAAAAAGGAACAAGUAAGAAUUUGCAGUAUUAUCCAUCUGUCAUUUAUCUGAAGACUGAACAAGAGACAUUUCAUUACCUUUCUCCUGAUUUCAACCAGUUCUUCUUUGGAGAACAAGCACAAAGUGAGACAUACCCCUAUGAACUGAUUGCACUGCUUGCCAAUGACUACUACAACUAUUGUCAAGUUAUUUUACAAAUGGUGAGAGAGACCAAGCUUGACAAGGUGGAAGAUUGUAUCAUGUCAUUCUGGACAUCUCUGCAGCCUGAAAGAAUAGAACUGAUGUGCCUGCCAGAUGUGUGCCACCUGUUAAAAAGCUAUGAUAGGUAUCUAUUCAAGGAAUUGGAGAACAUCCUACUUCCUGAUUUCCUGGAGGAGGUGCCUGCACAACACAUAGACUCAAUCAGAUCAUUCAGUGAAAAUGUUAAAUGUUGGAUGCUUAAUCCUUUGGGAGGUUUUCCAUUACUGCUCCAAACAUCCAAGUCUAAUGAAGCUAAAGAGUUUGUAAAAAGGCUCAGGAGACAGACAGACCUUUGCAACAUGGUCAAGACAGUAAGAGCACUCUUGAACAACAACAGCACAGUCACUGUUCUGCGAUCAGGCUUGCAUGCCAUCUUCAAUGAGAAAUCUCUGGAUGUGACUAAAGACCUCUUUCAAGAGAAGUUUAGGAAUCCGAAGAAGCGGCAGAAAAACAUACAAUUAAAAUGUCUGAAAAACUUCAUUUCUUCACUGACAUCUUCCACAGAUAUUCGGGAUCUCCUGAGCUGUUUGUCUUCAGAUCUCCAGACUUUUGUUAUUAAGCCAAGCAAGAGCAAAGAGGCAUUUAAAGAGCAGGCAUCAGAUUUCAUGUUGAAAUGGAACCUCCUACUGAGCAAUGUAGGCAAGAUUCUGACCAUCAACAGGACAGACAGUUUUGGAUCCUGGCUUUUGUUGAAUAUGCUACUUGUUGAUUUUGCGGCUCACAUUUUCCAGUCCUAUAUAGAAGAGGAGAAGGAAGAAGGAAAUGCCUUGGUUGCAAAGCAAAAUGAGGUCCCUGUUCUGUGUGUUUAUGAGCCCAACCAUCUCUCAGCCUGUUUUGCUGAGGAGGAACCUCAAGCCAAUGCUCCACAGACAGCUCUUGUGAUGCAGAACCAGAAUAACUUCGGAUUAAGCGAUGCUUUCCAGAGUUCUGAGUUGUUUGGUGAACACAACCACUGUCAGCAAGCGCUUACUGUUUAUGAUGGAGUCAAAAAACUUGAACCUGCAGCUCAAAAGGGCUUCAGGAACUGUGAGAGAGUCAGUGAGUGA